CUCUUGCAUGCUGAGUACAGACUCACAGACACUUUGCUGGGAAAACACACCAUCCAAAUCUCUUUCUGCGCUGGGAUCUGACCUGCCCAGGGCAGCAUGGACCGAGGAAAUACGAAUAUCCCACCAACCACUGGGGCUAAUUCCAGCCAGGUCCCUGUAGCUGUGAGUGCUGCUCACCUGGCCUCUGCAGUGUUGCUCUUCCCCACCUUCCUGGUGGGUGUGGUGGGGAACGGGCUGUACCUGUGGGUGCUGGGAUUGAAGAUGAGGAGGACAGUGACCACCCUCUGGUUCCUCCACCUGGUCUCCUGUUCCCUCCUCUUCACCCUGCUGAUCCCCUUCUUCAUCGUCUCCCUCCUCAUGGAUUUCCACUGGGUCUUCGGCACGGCCAUGUGCAAGCUUCUCAACACCUGCAUCUCUGUGGGCAUGUUCACCUCUGUCUUCCUUCUCACCCUCAUCAGCCUGGACCGCUACACCCUCACUCACCAUCCCAUCUGGUGCCGGCAUAACCGCACCCUCCCCCGUGCUGGGAAGCUGGUCAUCUGUCUGUGGCUGGCCUCCUUCUGUCUCAGCGCUCCCUAUCUGGCUUUCCGGGAGACCCGAGUAUUAGAGGGGGGCAGAAUCAUCUGCAUCAACAAUUAUGCCCCCUCCGGAGACUGGAAUGGAGUCGAGACACAGGACCUGGGCAGAUGGGUCCACCUGGCUGUGUUCAUUGUCCGGUUCCUGCUGGGCUUUCUGCUUCCUUUCUGCACCAUCGUGGUAUGCUAUGUCCAUGUGGGGCUGAAGAUGAAGGAGAAGAAGCUGGUGUGGGCUGGGAAGCCUUUCAAAGUCAUGGUGGCUGCGAUGGUUUCCUUCUUCCUCGGCUGGUUGCCCUACCACCUCUACCAUGGAUUGAAGCUCUCCAAUAAGGAGGUGCCAGAGUCAGUGAUGGGUGCCCUCUUGGUCAUUUACACCUUCACAUCCUGCUUCAAUGCCUGCUUCACCCCCAUCCUCUACCUCUUUGUGGGGGAGAAGUUCUGGCAGGUCUUCAGAACAUCUCUUCUCACUCUGGUGAAAGCGGCUUUUGUUGACGAUCUUGGCAGCAGUGCCUCCGAGUCUAGUGGAAGACAUGGGUCAGAAGUCGAGAACACAAAAUAGUUGAUGGCCUGAAGGUGCACAGACUUAGGGAGAGUUGAAAUCUUGCCAUCCCAUUUGUUCUAGAUUCCUGAUGGUUCUAAAUCCAAAUGGGUUUCAGGUAUCUUACUAUUCAUAAACCCUGUAGUGUCCCUGGAUUUUAGAUUCCCUGCUCUCUCUAGAAUUCAAUGCAUUCUAGGUCACUCAAUUUUUUCAAACUCAGUGGAUCAUCAAUGGCAGCAGAUUAGUAGCAAGCUCCAGAAUUUUGUUUGUUUUAGAUCUCUCAAUGUGUUCUAACCCAAUUGACUCUCUUGGAUUCUGCGUCACUAGCUGGCUCUGGAAUCUCAUUUACUGUAAGUCUCUCAAUGUGUUCAAACUCAAAGUCUAUGGGUUCUAGAUUCCCAUCUGGAUCUAGGACAUCACUGGAUUCUAGAGUGUUUCAAACCACAUAGAAUCCAACAGGUUCCAGAUUGUUUGCUGAAAGUUUCAUCGUGGUUCUAGAUUUCCAAAUGGUUUUAAAUCCAUUAGGGGUAGAAGAGUCUGCCUUAUAAUAGCGAUAUCUAGCUAUUCUCUAGUGCUUAUCAUCAGUAGAUCUUAAAGAACUUCACAAGGAGGUUAGUAGCAGUCUUCCAGUUUUUACAGAUGGGGAAACUGGGACACAGACUGGGGAAGUGACUAGGCCAAGGUCACCCAGUAGAACCUUCGGUCCAUCCAGUGGCAGAACCGGGAACAAACCCAUGUCAGCUGUGUCCCAGCCCAGGUCUCUAUCCAUGGGUCCCCUUAGAUUGUGAGCUCUCUGGGACAGGGACUGUCUUUUCGCUCUGUGUUUGUAUAAGGCCUAGUACGGUGGGGUUCUCAGUCAGGAUUUGGG